AUGCAGAGCCCAGUCGCAACGACCGACGGGCCAAAGGAGGAAUCCGCGAAGGCCAAGGCCAGGACGGUGGAGCUGUUCCAUCCAGAAUAUAUCAGCGGCCGACGUGAUACCUGCUGCCUAAACGGCCGUACCUGCGAGAUUGGCGAGGUGCGUGAUGGCGAAGACAGCGAUGAAUGGUCUGGCACGAUAACUUGCAGCUGGCAUGCCAUGAUGCCGCAGUGGGCUGGGAGAGACGACCCCUCGCAGUUUAUCUUGUGGUUUGGGAUUCAUCCUGACGUGGCCUUCAGGAUAUGUGAUCAUGCCACUAUUGCCGCUCUAACCGCACAUGGAGAGGAUGUGGACAACCCUACGAAAGAGCGAACUGAUGCCUACGAGGCUGCAUUCCAAGCAUUUGUUAAGGCCCUAAAGGAUCAUAGGUAUACAUGCCGCUGGAUGCGAGACCCUGACUCGCCGGUGUUCAUGGCAUACUGCGACUUCAUGCAGGCAAGGCGCACUGAACUCAAGCAUGUUGAACCAUCUCGGACUGGUCAGGAGGCUAUCAAUUCAGCAUGA